AUGUGGAGUGUGCUUGCGUCUUGCGUAACCGUGGUCAUGUUUGGGACCUCAUUGGCUGUAGAGCCAUCGUGCCCCGUAUGCUCUAAGUAUGAGUAUGAGGUUAAACUGUUGGAACGCGUACUCAGCAAUGAAAUGGCAUUGGCAAACACAUUGAAUAAAAUAACAGAAACACGUGCAAAAGUUGAGGACUCUUUGAAAUCGAUACAGGCGGAAAAUGUGAAACUGAACAACGCCAUGCUCUCACUGGAAGUCAUGAAAGGGCCACUCGUAAUGUUUCACGCUCGGCACCUUGAUGGUCAAUAUACAUACGCUGCAAACCAAGACGUUGUGUUCAAGACCGUUUUAGCCAACGAAGGUGGAGGCUAUGAUCCUAACACUGGGCACUUCAAGGCGUCUGUAGCUGGAGUUUACAUGUUCACGGUGCAGUACUGUCCCUUUACGAAAAAGUAUGGUUGCUUUGGCAUCGUCCAUGAUGGAAAGCCAUUGCAGAGAUCAUUCCACUAUGAGACAGACAGUGCUGUCUGUGUCAGCAUGCAGGCCUUCGCUAAAGUUGCCAAGGGAGACAGGGUCUGGGUGCGUGGUUCGUACGUAACAAGCGAAAUCUACAGUUACGAAGGCGAAAGAUGGAGCGGAUUUGCUGGGUUACUGAUCCGUGUGUUAUGA